AUGGAAUGUAUUCCUAGUGCUGUGAAGGUAAAAUCCAUUACAGACCGCUCUCGUCAUAGGAAAAUUGCGACUAGUUUUGUUGCCACACUGAUACCCUCUGGUGAGGAAGUUAUAAACAUCCAUGAUGAUGACAUUCACCAGUCUGAAUGGGUGCAAGGGGCCUCUAAGAAGCCCACUGUUGAUAAGGAUCCAUCUGAAACUACUCCGGCGCAAUGUACAUUGUCAAAUCAAACCAAAUCUUUUGCUGCUUCAGAGAUGUCUGACUAUGAUGAUCACAUUUUUGGUAUUCAAUGCAAAAAUCAUUCAUCCAACAAAAUCUUUGCCCCCAAAUGGAAUCUUACUGAUGAAUCCCGCAUUUCCAGCCAAGAGGUCACUGUGGAAUUUUCUCACCAUGCCUUCCCUAAGGAAAAUGUUGCUGAACUGGAGGCCUUUUGGAUGAACGGACGGUUGACUUUGUGGAUUUUGAUUCUGCCUAAAGCGCCUUCUUCAUUCGUAAUGGAGCUCGGCACAUCAUACCCCUUAAGAGCGGAACUCGACAAUACUCUUAAGAAGAAUAAAGGUUUGAGUAUCCGAGUGGAAAUCCUAGAAAGAGAGUUGUUGGAUAAGGAUAAGUUGUUGUUUGACAGCGAAGCAGAAGUGGCCCGAAUUGGAAGCGAAUUGGUUUGGCUUAUCAAGGAGGGUGUUGUUAGGAUUGUGGAAAAGGUUAUUGAGCUUCCUGAAAUUUUUCAGGGUGUUGGACGGUUCAAGCAUAUGUGUUGGGCUGCAGGUGAAGAAUCUGCGAGGGAGGCAUUGUGUAAGGAAGUUGUUGUUGGGAGAUUUGAUCCCCAUGUUGCUAACUCUACUUCCAGCCACACUGGAGAGAGGGUGGAUUCCAUUGAAUCAUUCAUCACGUAUGAUUACAACACCCUCAUGAAUUUAGGAUCUAUGGACAUUAAUAACCUUCAUCAACUUUGUGCGGAUGAUGAUAGUGGGGGAGCGGGUCCCAGUGGCACUGAAAAGAUUAUUGGCCUAGAUGGAGGUACAGGUAAAUGA